AUGGAACCCCUGCAAACAAUUUCUCGAGUCUAUUGGACAAUAUUCUUUUCUAUUUGUCUGUGUCUUCACUCUUCAAUGUUCCUUUUGAUCUACUACCGCACAAGUCGAACCAUCAGAAACUUACGGUGGUUUUUAUAUCCUUCGAACACGGCCUCUUUCGUACUUGCUACAGUUGCUUUUAUAUUGCAGGUUAGAAAUGUCAACAACAAAAUCUCAAUGGCUCUGCUUUGUGAUGGGAUUUGCAAGUUCAUUGGUCCAUGGUUUUGUUAUCACUGUUACAAUUUGCUUUUAACUAUGAUCACUGUAACCGGCCUGAUCAAUCUACACACGUUGUGUUACCGUACAAUGUGUCUAAAGCAUUUUGAGACUCGAAAAUCUAAUCGGGCAUCGCUGAAGUUCUCGCUGCAUUAUUUGAUACCGAUGACCCCACUUAUUCUCACCUACUUUGCCCCAAUAAACCACGCAGAUGUCUACAUGGAAACCCUGAACCUACACCCAAACUACAACUUUGAACCUUAUAAAAAUUUCGGUGGAUUCGCCAAUUCCCAUCAUUUUUGUAUGAAUUUCAACACAGCGAUUUAUGCAUUUAAUACAAUUUAUUUUCCAAUAAUUGGCAAUUAUUGGAAGCGUAUUGCUAUGAAAAUUCUCAAAUCUAGCAUUUCAACGGCAUCAUCGAAAUCGACACGAGUUAUGAGUGAACUGUUGGUUAAGGGCCUUAAUCUUCAAGUACUCUUACCACUUAUCUGCUAUGUUCCUAUCAGUAUACUUUUUUGCUGGAAUAAAUAUUCUGGACAACAAAUCGAGAUAUCACAGUAUUCGAUCGCGUUUUUCGGCACUCUUCCUUGUUUUUUCGAUCCACUGCUCCAAAUCUAUUUCAUACUACCCUAUCGGUCUGCGGUCCGGAGAUUAAUUUUCUGUGGCUGCUCAGCACAAACCAGUGUGGCGAAUUCUAGUCCGAAUCGGGGAACUAUACUUUCUGUUUAA